AUGUCGUUCCGGUUUCCUCGAUGGGGGCGCAAGAAGAACAAGAACAAGGAGUCGACGGGUGGGAGCAACAAGUACCACCCGACCGGUUCGGGGGUCGGGGCGGCGGGUGGGAUCCCGCGGCCCCCGCCCUCUGCCCCUGGACGCACCUACAGCGCGGGCUCGGAGCACAAUGGACAGCAGUCGUGGCAGUCGAACGGCACGAUGCCGCCCAUGUCGGUGACGAGUGAACGCUCGAACCCGUCGCCGGAUCGAGGGGCGCCACUGCCCUUCUCGCACCCGCUCUACGCCAUGGACGCAGAGGGGAUGAUGCACCUCAAAGCCACGGGCAAAGGCAUGGACGACUCGGACUUGGCGGUGCACCAGGACGAGAUCAUUACGACUGUUGUCAAGUACGUGCAGGACUCGAUGCGCAAGGAGCUGGGGUUCCGAGAGGUGUCGAUCCCGGCCGACAGCACGCCUGAGACGCCCGCAAAAGCCAAUGUCUUUGUCUCACGCAACUACGAAACGUGCAAGAAGCUGCUGGUCUUUGUAGCUGUGAGUCGUGGGCUCUACCCGGGUCUCUGGAGUCGCGGACUGGUGCUGCAUGCUGGCGUCAAAAGUGGAAGUAUGCUCGAGUACUUUCGCAAGGCUAUUGACGAAGGCUACGGCAUCGUCGUGGCGAACCCGAACAAAAACGUCAUUGUCAUGCGCGACGGCAAGCAAAGGAUGCAAAUACCUGGAUCGUCCAGUCCAGAAGAGCACAUGGAUUCGCUUUGGGACUCGUAUAUUGCUCGAUCGGCCGCUAGACGCGUGUACUUCUUGGGCUACUCGUACGGCGGUGUGUUGAUCAAGUACCUGCUGCAGUCGCGCGGUGACCAGCUCAUGCGUCGCAAUGGUGCAAUUGCGCUGAUUGAGUCGAGUCACCGUAUCGAAGACGGUGACUCACAGUCGGUCAAGUCCAUUUUGGCACAUCGUACGAUGUACUGGGAAAGCAAUGAUCAGCCUUUCCAGACCAAGUUGGAUGGUGAUGCUCCACAUCGUACCGGGUGUACGUGUUUGUCCGCUGGCAGACCGCCUCGCGCUCAUGCGAACCACUACUACGUCACCGCCUUUUGCAUCAACAAGAUCGAGGAGGCGCUAUUCCGUUUCUUAGACACGCGGGACGCUACUACUUAUGUGGCUGGUGAGAAGCCUAUUCCUGAGCCUCCAACUUCGGCCCCUGCAGUCAUUGGCAACGGUAUGGGGGUUCCCAGCGCUCCGCAGCUCCAGCGCCAGGAGUCAGCACGGCGUGAAAUGAACAACUCAAAGAUGGGCAACAGCGAGAAGCACUGCAACUUGUGUCUGUUCCACUUCACGCUGUUUGACCGUCGUCAUCAUUGCCGCAUGUGCCAUCGGGCUGUUUGCAACGCCUGUUCGCGUGACCGACUCUUCUUGCCAGGCUCUAGUACGGCUCAGCGUGUGUGUACGGAGUGUGCGACGGAAGGACCUCGCACGAACCAGGCGCCCACUCAACCUCCUUCGAGUCAGCCGCGUCACAACCGCACCGCCAGCGACGCCGUGACAAUCACGAACGCAUCGACGGACAUAUCACAAACGCGUACUCGCUCGGAUACGCAGAUGUCGAACCAGGGUCGAUCCGAGUCGAACGCGCAGCAGCCUGGAAACUCCAAGCUCAGUGUGGAGGAUUUCGAUUUGCUGAAGGUCAUCGGCAAGGGAGCGUUUGGUAAGGUGAUGCUUGUGCGCAAGAAGGCUCCGGACGCAUCAGCUAUUCCGAACGCUAUUUACGCCAUGAAAGUGCUGAAGAAGGCAUCUGUGUUUGCAAAGAACCAGGUCGAGCACACCAAGUCGGAGCGUCGAAUCCUCCGCGACAUUGAUCAUCCCUUCGUGGUGCGUCUACGAUAUGCGUUCCAAAACGAGGACAAACUGUAUCUCGUCAUGGACUACUACAACGGUGGCUCGCUAUUCUUCCACUUGCGCAAGUCACGCAAGUUCUCGGAGAAGCGCGCUCGUUUUUACGCGGCGCAAUUGCUGAUGUCGAUGUCUCACUUGCACGAGCUCAAUAUUGCUUACCGUGACCUAAAGCUCGAGAAUAUUUUGAUGGACGAUAAGGGUUUCAUUGCCCUUACGGACUUUGGCCUGUCGAAGGAGAACGUUGACAUGCCUGAUGGCGCCAAGACGUUCUGUGGGACGGCCGAGUACAUUGCGCCUGAGCUGCUGAAGGGCUUGCCGUAUGGCAAAGCUGUAGAUUGGUGGGGCUUUGGUACGCUGCUGUACGAAAUGAUGACUGGCCAGACACCGUUUUUCGACCGUAACCGAAAGCGCAUGUUCCACAACAUCUUGCACCGGGACGUUGUUUUCACCCAGGCGUUUUCGGAGGACGCCAAGGACCUGCUCACAGGUCUGCUGCGUCGAGAUCCUGCCAAGCGAUUAGGCUCAGGUCCGUCGGGUGUGCAGGAGAUCAUGGACCACCCGUUCUUUGCCAGCAUCGACUUUGACAAGCUGCUGAAGCGCGAAAUCGAGCCGCCCUUCAAGCCUGUUGUGAACAGCGAAGCCGACACGGGCAACGUCGCCAACAUCUUUACACGCGAAAUGGCGCGCGAUUCGCCAGUCACGCAGGAGCUAGGAGCUACGCAUCGUGCGCAAGCGCACUUUGACGGCUUUACGUACAUGCCCGGCAAUGAGCAUUUGAAUUAG